GCCACUGCAUCUACAGCUACACUGUGGCUGCACUGUGGCUCACCUCCUGAAGCCUGCCAUGGAAGUACCUAACAUCAGCGCCACUUGGGCCGUGAGCUUGCUGCGCUUUCUCGCCGUCGGUGUCGGUUGAGAUCCUCCAACGCCCACUUGCACGAGCGCUUAUAAGAGCCCUCUCUCACCUCAAUCAUGUUCUCGCUGAACCCGCAGAGUCCCAUCUCGUCGCUGGUCGGCUCUUUCGUAACCUGGAAGGCUUUUCUGCUAGCCGUGGCUCUGGGAAGCGGUGUCGGGCCGGCCUACGACACCUCGAGCACUCUGUUAGCCCCUGAGACGGCCUCUCCCGACGAACUCCUCUUCGACCUAGCCACAAAACUCACGAGAUGGGACUCAAUCUACUUCACCCAGGCCGCCCGCCGAGGCUACCUUUUUGAGCAGGAAUGGGCGUUUGGUACAGGUCUCCCAACCGUCAUCUCUUCCAUCGCCCAAGUUCUUUCUGGUCUCGGUCUCAGGACCUCUCGUCCCGUCGAGCCCCUCAUUGGAAUCUUCGUGGCCCAUGUAUCUCACCUACUCUCGGUGCUGGUCUUGUACCAGCUUGGGGUGGUCGUGUGGAGGAACCCCCGGCCAUCCUUCAUCGCGGCACUACUCCACGUCCUAUCCCCGGCCGGGCUUUUCUUAUCGGCUCCGUACGCCGAGAGCACCUUCGCGCUCCUGUCUUUUGUCGGCCACCUCUUCUUCGCGAAGGGUGUUCAAGACCAGAAGCGCACCGUCGCCCACGACGUGAGCCUGAUCGCCUCGGGCAUGUGGUUCGGGUUUGCUACCACGUUCCGCAGCAAUGGGCUGUUCAACGGGGUCCUGUUCGCCGUCGCUUUGCUGAGGGAGCUCUCGGCGCCGCCCACCCUAACGAGUAUUCGGCGACGGCUUUCUCUCAUCCUCGGAGGUCUCGCGGUGGCAACCGGGUUCGUAGUGCCCCAGGUCGCCGCCUAUCAGGCCUUCUGCUCGAUUCCGUCCCAGGCAUCGUUACGGCCUUGGUGCACGAACUAUCUUCCAAGCAUAUAUUCCUUUGUACAAGAACGGUAUUGGAAUGUCGGUUUCCUUCGUUACUGGACUCCAUCAAACAUACCCCUGUUCCUCCUAGCUACUCCUAUGCUCUGCUUGCUCAUGAAAUCGGGACUGGUAUUUAUCCAGGAGCCGUUAAACCUUACGACCGAGGAGUCCAGACCGGCGUACAUGGCGAAUACGACGGUAUUAGUCCGGUCCAUGGCCCUGUCCCAACUCAUCGUGGCCAUUCUAGCCAUCACAAAUUACCAUGUCCAAAUCAUCACGAGGAUCUCGUCGGGCUAUCCACUCUGGUACUGGUGGCUGGCGGGGAUCAUCAGCGACAAGAAGACGUCCACGUUUGGCAGCAACGUAGUGAGGUUCAUGGUCAUAUACGCCUCCAUCCAAGGGGUCUUGUAUGCCUCCUUCCUCCCACCAGCAUAGUAUGCAAGGUCUACACAAUGGCUGUGUUCUCUCCAAUACGCCUAUAUACGAUAAUAGUUCUCUCUACCAUCCUCCUCUACUAUUCAACAACUCGAAACUCGAAGUGUUUAUUCAUCCUGUGUGUCCUGCAUGAAAUAGCAAGGGGUCUAGAGCCAACUAUGGA